AUGGACCUGGUCGCCUACGUUCCGCACCACCCCCUGCCAGGUGAGACCCUGACAGCGGAUGAGUUCGCGACGUCCCCCGGCGGUAAGGGGGCGAAUCAAGCCGUGGCGUGUGCGAAGCUCUCCCGGGCGAGACCGACGCCGGGUGUGGAGGGUGGGGAGACAGCGAGAGUGUCGAUGGUUGGGUGCGUCGGCGCCGACGGCCACGGCACCCAGCUCCAAGCCAGCCUCUCGAGCUACGGCGUCGACGUAUCCGGCGUCUCGGCCCGCACAGACCUCAAAACCGGCGUCGCCCUAAUCAUCGUCGACAAGCCGACAGGCGAGAACCGCAUCGUGCUAUCCCCCGGCGCCAACCACGCGCUCCAGCCCGCCGACGUGGCCAACCUCGACCUGCUCCGCACCACCACCACCCCCACGCCCAAUCCCACCCCCAACCCCCCCACCUCCUCAGAUGAACAACACCUCCCCAACCUCCUAAUCAUGCAGCUCGAAAUCCCCUUCGCCACCGUCCUCGCCGCCCUAACCGCCGCCCGCACCGCGAACGUCCCCGUGCUGCUCAACCCAGCGCCCGCCCGCCCGCUCCCCGCCGAGGCCUACGUCGGGCUGGCGCACCUGGUCGUCAACGAGACAGAGGCGGCGAUCCUGGCCGACGUGGACGAGCGCGUGCUGGACGACGAAAGGGGGAUGGAGACGGUCGCGGCCGGGUUCGUGGAGAGCGGGGUGAGGAAUGUGAUUAUUACGCUCGGGGGCAGGGGGGUGUAUUUUAUGAGUAAGGAUGGGGAUGGUGGUGAUGGUGGGAGGAGGAGGGGGUUGGUGCCGGCUGAGAAGGCGGUGGUGGUGGAUACCACGGCCGCGGGGGAUACGUUUGUGGGGAGGUAUGCGCUGGAUGUGGUGGGUGGUGGUGGUGGUGGUGGUGGUGCUGGGGAGGGGGGGAGGUUUGAUAUUGAGGCGGCGGUGAGGAGGGCGAAUAAGGCGGCGGCGAAAACGGUGGAGAGGGCGGGCGCGCAGGACUCGAUUCCGUGGAGGGAUGAGCUGGAGUGA